CUGCGCCCAUGCCGAGAUCCGAGGUUUAUAUUUUCCAGGUUUUUACUAAAUAUUACAACUUUUAACUGAUUGAUCCCCAAAUGACUGACGUUUCAAUUGUAGUGUGUUACUACAAUGCAGAAAAAUGGCUUGAAGAAUGCAUUAGAUCUGUUUACGACCAAGACUUUAUAGGAACAAUUGAAUUUUCACUAUACAAUGAUGGAUCCAAGGAUUCGUCAUAUGAGAUUGUAGAAAGAUGGCGCAACCUCUUGGAGGAGAGAGGCAUCAGCGUGAAACUGGGUGGCCAUUCUGAGCCACAUCCUAAAGGAGUUGGGUUUGCUAAAAACUGUGCAGUAAGACAAAGCAAUGGAGAAUACAUAUGCUUUCUUGAUGCUGAUGAUGUUUUGAGGAAGGACAGAGUCACUAAACAGUAUGAGGCAACAAAGGACAACAAAAAUAUAAUCACUGGAAGUCAGAUCUGGCGGGAACCAGAGGGCUCAACUGUCAGGUUUACAGAGUGGGCCAAUACGUUGACACCAGAACAGCUUUAUACACAGAUGUUUACCUCCCAUGGGCCCACUGUUGUCAUGCCAACCUGGUUCUGUGCAAGAGAAGUCUUUGAAAGAGUCGGAGGUUUCAAUGAAGGUGGUAAGGGUGUGCCUGAAGAUAUGCUGUUCUUUUAUGAACACAUAAGACAGGGUGGGUCAAUACAGCGAGUAGAUGAACCAUUGUUGAUGUACAGAUACCAUCCUGAAGCUACUACAUUCUCAAUACAUGAGGAUACUAUUUGGGGGCAUAGAAUUGCAUUCUUCCAAGAGAGGGUGCUUUCAAAGUGGUCCAAAUUUACAGUGUGGAACGCUGGAAAACAAGGACGUAAAUUCUAUCGCUCAAUAUCUCAACAUAAUCGAAACAAGGUCCUGUCUUUUUGUGAUGUUGAUGAGAAGAAAAUUAAGAAAGGCGUCUACAUUUAUGAGGAUUCUGAGGAGAUGCCAAGACCCAAAGUGCCAAUCAUCCAUUUCAGUCAAGCAAAACCUCCUAUAGUCAUUUGUGUAAAACAGGCUCUGACGAGUGGAAGCUUCGAAGAAAAUCUGGCCUCACUAGGUUUAACUGAAGGAAGGGAUUACUACCACUUUAACUGAACUAAGGGUUACUUCCACUUUACUGAACUGAGGAUUAUCCCCACUUUAACAGCUAUAGUAGCAACCAUACAGAUUGAGAAUAUAGUCUAGUAAUCUACACCAUGGCAACCAUCUUACAUGAAUAGUUUGAGACAUCUUUGAGUGGACACCUAAUAUCAAAUACAUUUAAACAGGAGACUGAUGAUCCUUAUAAAUUCAUACAAUGAAACAAUUUUACUGGUAAAGCUAUUCCACAUAGCAAUAUAUUAAUUCGUGAAGAUUGAAUUACAUUCAUUCAUGCGUUCAAAUAGUAGCAUUCAAAGAAAAUAACCUUUGUUUGUACUGUAAAUUUAAUUGUCAUAUUCCUUUUACAAUAAACAUUUCUGAAUGCAAGGUUUAUCUUAUUCUAUAUACAAAAAUAAAAUCAAUCUGCAUGUACUCAGUUAUCAUGAUAUUGUCUUAUUAUAAGAUUAUUCAUUAUAAAUGUCUGUGUCGUUAAAAGAUUAAUGGUUUUACUCACUUUUAACAGCAAAAGAUUGUAAUUGUUAACAAUUUGUUAUACAAAACAGAAUGGAAC